AUGGAAAAAUUAGCAAAUUUUGACGAAAGAAAAAUUAAACGAACACGAAAUGCUAUCUUAUCAUGCGUCAGUGCUAAACAAUUAACGAAUAUAUUAAAGAAUUACGAAAACGUAAAUAAAGAAUUUAGUAGAACAACGCAGAGUUUCGUUCGAUUUAACUUUACUCGUCGAAAUUUAAACUACGACUUUAUUGUGGAUUGUGGUGAUGUGCGUUAUAAUGUUGGAUUUUCGAUCAGUUUUAAUUCCAUCCGUGCGAUUUAUUUUUAUAAAAGAAAGGAAAUCUAUUUGCGGUUAUUGGAACCGGCAAAACGUGAAUAUUGUAACUGUGAAAAAAUAAAUGGCAAUUCAUUCGUCAUUGAAUCUUGCGAUGAUUUUGACAUAACGAAUGGCCAUUGUUCAACAUCUUUUUUGCAUGCAGUUUUUUUAAAAAGAGAUCAGACGCUAACGUGGAUUCGUGAACUUCUAAAAGCUGAUCGAGAAUUUUUUGAACCUAUUAUUGUUAGAAUUACAAAAAAAUUGAAAGGAAUGUCAAUAAUUGAUUAUAUAAAUUCUCACACAAUAAGUAUUGGCGAUAAGUAUUGUGUUGAUUUUAAUGCAUCACCAAUAAGCGAAGAAUCACUAUCGAAUAAUGAAGUUUAUGAUCUUAAUAAACAGGAGGUUCUGGACGAGAAUAAUUUGGGGUGGCAAAAUUUAGGUGAUAAUGAUUUAGUGUUAGCUGAUAACAUAAAUAUAGCGAGUAAUUCGUUGAUUCAUGUUCAAAAGAUCAAUCAAAUGUCUUCUGUCGAUUAUAUAAAUUGUGGAGAGACGAUAACUUUUUACGGUAUAAUUUUAAAAUGGGUUAUAGAUUUAGACACGCAUGAAAAUUUCAUGGAAAAUGAACACUGUAUGAUCCAGUCGGGUUGGCAGGGAAUUUCUAAUGAAUAUAUAGCUACGAAUAAUCCAAGGGAUUCUAACGAACUUAUUCAUUACCAACACAACUGCUAA